AUGUCGAUCAAUCGUCCAGCAGGUAGGAGCGAUAAAGGGUACAUUUCUGAAUAUAAUACCUAUUUCAUCUUCUAAAAAAGAAAUGAGUCAAAUUAUUCGCGUACAAUUCAUGAACUUACAGUCAAAAUGAAAAAAAAGGCAAAAAAUUUGUUUUCCAUAUGUUCUGAAAAACUGCAUGCAUUGAAAAUUUCUCAUUUUUAGACUUGAUAAAAAAACUAAUUAUAUUUUUUUCUCUCUAUUUAGAACAAAGUAAUAAAUCCAAUUUUUUUAAAACCCUUGAAAAAAAGUUGAAAAUAAAAAAAUUUUUUUGAAAAAAAUUAUAAAAUUUUUCUGUUUUUCGCAUUGGAGCACGCACUCGCAAAUUUCCGAAAUUCUUCAUUUAUUUCGAAUUUAUUUUUUUAACGUAAAUAUUUAUAUUUAAAUAUAUAUUCUCAAGUUUGCGAAGAAGCGUGUUUUUGUGCGUCCGAAAAGGAACUGUGUGCCACGGCCACUGGUCAUCGACGGAUGCAACAUUGGCAGGAGCGCCAGCGGAUCGGCCAGAGAGUUUGUUAAUUUUUAAGGUAUUUGAAUUGAUAUUUGAGUUUAGGAGCGUUGACUGUGCAGGGCUCGUGUCCGUUGUCAGAUGGCUUUUAGCAAAAGAGUUUGAUGUAAGGCUUUGGAUAUUUUUCGAAAAUAUUUCCGAAACUUCAAAUUUGAAAAUCUUUUUUAAGGUCACCGUCUUUUUGCCAGUCGUUUAUAACAAUGUCAACAACUACAACGCCACGAACGCCGAACUGCUUCAGGUAAAGGACUCAAAGUGAAAAUCAUGAAUCGUUUAACAUUUUAGAAAAUGGAAAGGCUCGGUUUGGUAACUUUCACACCGGCGAGAACUGGCAGAGGAUUGCGCAAGUAAGAAAAAAGUUUUGUAAGAGUAAAAUUGAAGAAUCUCAGAGCUUUUAUUAACUACGAUGACCUUUACGUGGCCUCCUACGCUCAUCGACAUGGUGGAUGUAUUUUGAGUGGCGAUAAAUUCAAGGAUAUUUUACAUCAGGCUUCUUACAGGUUGACUUUUUGAAGUUCUCCGAAAAAAGCACGAGCGGCGAAAAUGCCGUUUUCAAUGUUAAAUUCAUUCAUACAAUUAUAUUGAUAUUUGAUUGUUGUGAAGAUUUUCAGACUGACUUUUGGGAAAAAAAAAAUUAAAAAAUUGAAUUUGCAGCGAUUUCCACUUCGUUAUCCAAAACCGAACGAUCGACGUCAAAUUCCGACCCCUUGCCCUUGAUUUCGUCAGUUAUGGCGAUGAAAUUUUCUACAAACAGGCUCCAGAACUUUUCGUUUGUUAGUUUUUAUAGAAAAAAAGUAUCUAUAUCAUUUCGUUUGUUUUGUAAAAAUUUCGCCUUCAAGACGAGAACCUGGACGUUCGGGCUCAAGUGAUUCGCAAGAAGAUUUUCGCCAAGCCAAGUGAUCCGGAUUAUCGAAUAGUAAGUUUUUUCCUGGUUCUUCUUCAGUUCCCCACAAUUGAACCUUUUUUUUCUCGCUGCUUACAGGUUUUUCAAACCCAUAGUUGAAGUUCUUCAUAACGAACUUUUGAUUUCAAAUUCCCUAAAUUCACCUUUCAAACGGAAGAAAGUAAAAAAAAAAAGACUCUACGAAGUAUGAAAUCCCUAGUGAGAGAAGUUCGACUUAUCAAAAAAUAAAUAAUAGGAAAAUACUUUUUGUCUUCAAGAUUCUAUUUUCAGGUCCGUGCUCAUCGAAACUUGACGACGUCGGCUCGUCGGAAAUUCUUGUUGGAUCAACUCGAUUCUUUGUUAUUUCGAAUGGCAGCAACUUCUGGAAGGGUUAUCGAACCCGUAGAUACUUUACCAUUCAUUGAUGGGGUACAGUUUUUGUUUUAAACAUCCAGAUUUCAGUUUAUCGCGAAUUUUUCUUUUCAAAGUUUGAACCAGUAGAAGUUCAUUUUGCGAAGUAGCCGUCAGAGAAAGAAAGAAAUAACUAAAUUUUGGAGAGCCAGAGAUAACAUUUCGCGGAAAUUACUUUGGACACGGCAUCAGUUCAUUCGUCUCUGACCUAAUUUUAAAAUUUCGAAAUAUCCAUAUUUUGCAAGCAAGAAGUUCAUGUUUAUUUGAAGUUUAUAUUUCCAGUCAAACUCUCUGCAUCUGUACAACAUCUCGGAGGUGUUCCACAAAACGACCUGCCGUGAAAUUUUCGAGAAAUAUCCGCCAACAAAAGUCGUUAAAACUGCAACGGGAAAUGUGAGUUCAAGCUUCAAAAUUAGGAAGACAACUUUAGGGCUUCUGAGUUUGAUUUGAAAAAAAAAAAUUAGUAGCGGUUUAUGUUUACUUGAUGCUUUUUUGAGUUACUCAAAAGAAAAAUCUUUUUAUCUCUGUUUGAGAAUCUCUGAGAAAUCUUUGAGAAUCACUCGAAGUAUUCAGGAUUUUUCACAAACAAUUUCACUGGCGGAGAAUUAAUUUUUAUAGACCAGCUUUUUUAAAAAUUUUAACACUGUGUCUCAAAUACCUCAAUCAUUGAGGCUCACAAUCUCAGAUUUUCAAAGUAGGAUUUUCCUCUGUAAGCUGGAAAUUUUUCAGCGAUUCCUUAUGUUGAAACGUGCUCCUCAGCCACAAAAAGACAAAGCAGAAGACAGCGGUCGAAAAAACGGCAAAAGUCGUCUCAAACCGAUUCCGACGACGUCGACGCUUCUGAAGACCGAGUCCCUGGUCCAACUGAUUGAAGACGUCGAGUCAGACGCCUCAUCCGCUCAGACGACGUCGGUGAUUCCGCCGACUGGCGUCCUCGUCGAGCCGAUCAUCGAGGUCCUCACGCCAGUCAGAAUCGGAGAGCUGGUCGAGGACCUGCCCCAGCUCCUUUCCUUCCAUUCACAGCCGAUCCUGCCGACGACCUGCGCCACGGACCAAGUCCUUGAGUUCCAAAUCCCCAAAACCAGCAAAAAUUUGACCUACAAGGAAAAUGUUCUUCAUUUGGCCAGUGGUGAUUUGUUAGGUUUAGAUCUUAAUUUUGGAAAGAAUUGAAAUGGUUGCGGAGUUUUUUGAAAAGUGUAUAUACUCCAUUUACCGCUUGCCAGGGCUUUCGAGUCGCCUGGGACUCUUUUUUUAUUGUAAAAAAAUUAUUCUCUAAACUUCUAAAGAUUUUUGAAUGACUCAUGAUAACAACGAUGCCUUUAAGUUCAAGUUAUGAAAAACUCGCCCCUUGCUUCUUAUCUAAUAAAAUUUUUCUCAGCACUAACGUUCAAUAGUUUUUUUGUUCGAAUUCAUCGAAACUUUUUUUAUGUACGUAUAAAUAAUAAAUUAACAAGAAGCUGGAGAAGAUUGCUGAGAUAGGCGGAGAAAAAAAGAAUUAUCCCUUAUUAAAAUUUCUCUACAAAAAAACAUUUAAAACGGCAAACAGAAAUCAUCGUAAGACACCCUUAACCAAACGGAGUUAAUUCAUGCAAGACCACUACGGGGUUCAAAUAAAUACUCGAUCACAAAAAAGGUUAAAUGAAUAUGUUAAGGCGAAAAUCUGUGUUGGUAA